UGCUGCUCCCCCUGCUCCCCCCGCUAAUGGAGCUACUCCCCCUACUCCCCCCACUGCCGGCGGCGCCGCUCCCGCUGCUGGUGCAAACGGUCCUCUUGCCGGUGGUGCAAAUGGCCCCGCUGCUGGUGGUGCCGCAGGAGUUGGACUUACAGGAACUGGAGCUACAGGAGCUGGUGCCGCAGGUACCGGUGCUACUGGUGCGUCUGGCUCUACCGGUGCUUCUAACGGUGCAUCUGGAUCUACUAGCACAUCUGGCACCAAGGGUGCGGGUGCAAACAGCGCCUCCAACGGCGCCUCAGCCGCAUCUGCAUCUGGUAACGGAAAGGCCUCAGGUGGCAAGGGCACCUCGUCUGGCAACGCCGACUCUGCUCUCGCUGACUCUCAGGAGGAGGAUUAGAGUACCCGGGCGACUUCCUGGCCUACGCAGGAUGGCGAUGGUGUAUGGGUGAAUACAUAAGUGCAUGGGUUUUUAGUAAAACAAGGCUUGGAUGAAUGUGUAACGAUAGGGACGAGACUGGAUUUGGAUUUGGACUUGGACAUGACUGGUAUUGCGACUUGGAGACUCACGAUCAUUUAUCGGAUAAUAAAAUAAUUUCACGC